AGCAUGACCACUGUCCAUUGCCUUUGCCGUUCCUUUCGUUCGUGUCGACACGCGGUCCAGCUCAGUAGCACGAAAUAUUUACUCCUCCACCGGCGCCAGACGAGCCCCGUUUUUCUACAAGUUUGGUCGCUUGGACAACGUCUACCAAACUUGGGAAUCAGACCGUGUAAAAAAAAAAAAAAGAGAAAGCUAAGCCAAAACUUUGAAAGCUCGACAUCGACAAGUCGUUCGCGUACAGGCCCGUGCGGUCCAGAAGAUGUCAACACGUUGUAAUGAAGAGGAGAUAUUGCCGAUGGCUGGUGGCCGAGACGGUAAUGGGAAUACGGAAAAGAAGAUAGCAAUGGAGCGCCGACUAGGUCUCGUGGACGGAAUAGCAAUGAUUGUCGGCUCCAUCGUUGGGUCGGGCAUAUUCAUUAGCCCGAAAGGUGUUCUUCAAUCUACCGGAUCCGCUGGAUUGUCUAUCAUUGUCUGGGCCUCGUGCGGAUUCAUUUCGUUUGUCGGCGCAAUUUGCUACGCCGAAUUAGGAACGAUGAUAAAUUCCUCGGGCGGAGAUUAUGCGUAUCUAGGUGAAGCCUAUGGUCCGUUACCUGCCUUCCUUUACCUGUGGGCCGCUCUGCUCAUUAUUAUUCCCGUAUCAAAUGCCAUUAUAGCAUUGGCUUUUGCUAACUAUAUUCUGCAGCCAAUAUGGGGUGCUUGUUCGCCCUCUGAUUCAGCUGUUCGGCUUGUCGCCGCCUUCGCCGUCGGUGUACUGGCAUACAUUAACUGUUGUAAUAUGCGAUGGGUCGCUAAGUUGCAAACUAUUUUCAUGGCUGCAAAAGUAAUUGCCUUGGGAUUGGUCAUAUCAACCGGAUGCAUAGCUUAUUUUAUUCAAGGUGAAAGCCGAGGGUUUCGAAAACCGUUUGAAAACACCACGACGGACCCGAGUUUGAUCGCCCUCUCAUUUUAUUCCGGCCUGUUCUCUUUCGCUGGAUGGAAUUGUUUGAAUUUCGUCGCCGAAGAAGUACGAGAGCCUCACAAGAAUCUCCCGAGGGCUAUUUUCAUAUCAAUGCCCAUCAUAACGAUCGUGUACGUGAUGACCAAUGUGGCUUACUUGAUCGUUCUGACGCCGGAAGAAAUAUUGAAUUCUUCCGCUGUUGCAGUGACUUUUGGCGAUCACGUUUAUAGUUCCUUCACAUGGGUGAUACAGGUGCUCGUAGCGAUUUCCGCAUUGGGCACGUUACACAGUAGCAUAUUUAGCUCGUCUCGUAUCUUUUUCGUUGGCGCUCGCAAUGGCCACCUGCCCGGAGCAAUUGCAUUGAUUAGCAUUGACAACCUCACACCCAUUCCUUCCAUCUUAUUCAUGGGAGGCUUGACCAUGAUUAUGCUGGUUGUCACCGACGUCUACGUCUUGAUAAACUAUACCUCAUUUGUGGAAGCCACGUUUGUUGCGGCUGCCGUUGGCGGACUCUUGUGGCUUAGACGCAAAAGGCCAGAUGUUCCUCGUCCUAUCAAAGUGAAUUUGGUAUACCCGAUAGCGUUUUUCGUGGUAUCCAUCUUUCUCGUCUGCUUCCCAGUUUUUUCAAGUCCAAUGGAAGUCGUCACGGCCAUUGGAAUCAUCGUCACGGCUAUUCCGGUUUUCUACCUUUGCAUCGCCCGCAAAAGCAAACCGAAGUGGAUAUCGGCUGCUAGCAAUAAAUGUACCGUGCUUUGCCAAAAGAUUUUCUUAGCCGUACCGGAAAGCAUAGGUGAAAAGACACUUUGAUUUGCGGUUGUUGUUAUUUUGCAUUUGAAAUGAAACCUUCCUAGGUUUAUCUUUUCAUAGUUCCUAUCGUAGUCUGCUGCAACUGUUCUUUCAGAAACCUCAAUGUUACUGUUACGGUUGCAUCAGACGGAAGUGGUAUUUCAUAAAAUAUACGAUGUGGAAACU